AGCCCCGCGCCGACUGAAUCCUGUCGCGGAAACGCGACUGGCGGCAGCUCUUUAGUUCUGGAGUCACUGGGGUCCUGCUGGCGGCAUGUUACCUGCUGUGAAAACUGUGGAGGCGGAAGAAGAGUACGCGGAGGAUUGUCCUGAAUUGGUCCCCAUUGAGACCAAGAACCAAGAAGAGGAAAAUCUUGACUUCAUCACUAAGAUUCCAGUCACAAUUGUCACCGGGUACUUAGGUAAUUAACGGGGGGCUGCCGUGUCUCCUCAGGCACCCGGGCCUCCUGGCCGAGGACGAAUCUUCGAGGUGCUGGAAAGACAACACUUCUGAACUACAUUUUGACAGAACAACAUAAUAGGAAAAUAGCAGUGAUUUUAAAUGAAUUUGGAGAAGGGAGCGCAGUAGAGAAAUCCUUAGCUGUCAGUCAAGGUGGAGAACUCUAUGAAGAAUGGCUGGAACUUAGAAAUGGUUGCCUCUGCUGUUCAGUCAAGGACAGUGGCCUUAGAGCUAUAGAGAAUCUGAUGCAAAAGAAGGGCAAGUUUGACUACAUACUCUUAGAGACCACUGGGCUAGCAGAUCCUGGUGCAGUGGCUUCUAUGUUUUGGGUUGAUGCUGAGUUAGGGAGUGAUAUUUAUCUUGAUGGUAUCAUAACCGUUGUAGAUUCAAAAUAUGGAUUAAAACAUUUAACUGAAGAAAAACCUGAUGGCCUUGUCAAUGAAGCUACUAGGCAAGUUGCUUUGGCAGACAUGAUUCUAAUCAAUAAAACAGACUUGGUUUCAGAAGAGGAGCUAAACAACUUAAGAACAACUAUCAGAUCAAUAAAUGGACUGGGAAAAGUUUUAGAAACUCAGAGAUCAAGAGUUCAUCUCUCAAAUAUAUUAGACCUUCAUGCCUAUGAUAUUCUCUCUGGAAUAAGUUUACAGAAAAAGCUCCAGCAUGUGUCAACAGCACCCCACCUUGAUCAGAGUAUUGUUACAGUCACAUUUGAAGUACCAGGAAGUGCAAAGGAAGAGAGUCUAAAUGUAUUUAUCCAGAAUCUCCUGUGGGAAAAGAAUGUGAAAAACAAGGACGGCCACUGCAUGGAGGUCAUUCGGCUAAAGGGACUGGUGUCUAUCAAAGACAAACCACAGCAAAUGAUUGUGCAAGGCAUCCAUGAGCUGUACGACCUGGAAGAGAGCCUAGUGAACUGGAAGGAUGAUGCUGAGCGAGCAUGUCAGCUGGUCUUCAUUGGUAGAAACUUAGAUAAGGAUGUUCUUCAACAACUCUUCCUCGCUGCUGUGGCAGAGGCAGAAGAGCAAAGGACAGCACCAGGCAGAGAUGGAGUUUGUCCAUCGCACUAGAAGCUGUUUCUUACCAGAAGAACUGACCAGAAAAACGAAGAUGUAUUUAAAUCCUGGAUUCACUACCGCUGUUGUGAUUUGGGAGUAUAUUGUAUAAUAGUAUUUAUUUUAUAAAAACACAUAAAAUUUUAGUAAAUUAUUAUAAAAAUAUCUGAUAUUCAUAAAAUAUAUCCUCUGGGGGGUUUUUUGAGGCAAGUAUUUCACAAAAAUUCCAGAAUUUUCUUUGAAGUUUAAGCAUGAUUGCUGACAACUUAUCCAUCAUUAUUUGUAAAAAUGAUGGCAAACUUUAACAUUUUCAUUUUCUCUUAAAAACUUCAGAUUAUUGCUGAGAUAUAAUGUAUACAGUGAUAGUAACAAAAAAUUGCUGUCAUUAUAUUUAAAAACAGCGUAACCUUUAUUUUUUUGUUAUGUGUAUGAGUAUUUUGCCUGCAUGUAUGUCUGUGUACUCUGCACAUUCAGUGUCUUAGGAGUCCAGAAGAAGGCACCGGAUCUCCUGGAGCUGAAGUCACAGUCUCCAUGUGGGUGCUGUGAACUAAACCCAGGUCCUCUGGAAGAACAGCCAGCACUCUUAACUACUGAGCCAUCUCUUCAACUCUCUCACUGUGUUUUUAGUAGAAUGAGUUUUUAAUGUUCCUAAAGACUUAAAGAGUCAAAGAAAUUAAACCAUCUCUUACAAUUAGUGAUAGUGUGAUGGUACUUUGGCUCUUUUUUUUUUUUUUCCGAGACAGGGUUUCUCUGUAUAGCCC